AUGGUGUCCUGGGCAAUCACGGGCGCCACACGCGGUAUAGGCUUCGGCUUCGUCAGUCACCUUUCUGCGAAUUCGAACGACAAAGUGUUUGCUCUCAUUCGAAGUCGAGCGACUGCUGGUCCGCUUGAGGAGCUUGCAGCAAAGCGCAAGAACAUUCAUGUUAUAGUGACCGAUAUUGCCGACCCGAAGAAAUUGGCUCAGGCCGCCGCAGAAAUCACCCAGGUCACGGCUGGGUCACUCGAUGUGCUGAUCCUGAACGCAAGUUCCGCUGGGCCAGAGACAAGCGCUCUGUCGCCUACUGCCUUUAUUGGCAAGGAGGAAGCGCUGGAGAACGAGAUCAAUGAAAACAUCAAGACAAACGUGAUCAGCAACAUCUACGUCGUCAACGCCUUCCUCGAUCUCAUUCGUAACGGCAAAGAGAAGAAGAUCGCAUUCAUCACCAGUCCAAGUGGGGAUGUCGAGUUCACCCGCAUCACCGGCCUUCCUACCUUGCUCGGUUACUCUGUCAGCAAGGCUGGCGUCAACAUGGUCGCCACCAAGUACGCCGUGGAGUUAGCCCCUGAAGGAAUCAAGACGGUGUCUCUCAGCCCAGGGUGGGUAGACACGGAUUCCGGUGAGCCUCGUGCGGUCACCGGCGACACCGAGGUUCGCAAAUUCAUCCUGACUGCGUUUCACAAGAUCGACGAGAGUGUCGAGGCGCCGAUUUCGGUCGAGGAAUCAGUCAGACUUCAGCUGCAGGUGAUCGAGAGCUUGACGGAAGCGGACAGCGGGAAAUCCCUGACGCAUCGCGGAAAUAGUGAUGGCUGGUUCUAG